ACAUCCAGAGGUGGACUGAGUCCACCUGGCCUCAGUCCGGCCUCAGUCCGGCUUUUCAAAAAAAGUUGAUGUUACACAUACGUCGAGCCGCCUCCGGGGCCGGCCUCAGUCCACUUGCAAACGUAUGUGUAACAGGGGUCUUAGGCUACGUCUCGUCUGCUCUUUUUACCGAUAGUAUCGAUAUCAAUGUAUUCUAGUUAGGAAGCCUUUCGAGAAACAGGUUUAGUAAGAUUGGAACUAACUCCGUGCUUGGUGGAUAAAGAUAUGACUAACUUGUCCAUGUGUUGAGAAACGGGCCCCUGAUUUUUGGCAAAAAAAGAGAGGCAUACUCGGAUCUGGCAGACGCCAUUCAUCAUGUGCUUCGGACCUCUACGCCCCCUGAGGCAGCUGUGCCACUGGGGCCCGUUCAUUGCAAUAUUCCUCAUGAUCUACAUCACAACCAAUGCCGUUAUCUGUGCGCUGGCUGUGUGGCCUCCGUUGAAAGAAGACCCUCUGAGUGUGAUUCACUGUGCGAUGCUGGUCAUCUGGUGCAUCACUAUCUUCUAUCACUACUUCUAUGCAAUGUUCCUUGGACCCGGCUUUGUCCCCAAAGGAUGGAAACCAGAGAAGAAAGAGGAAGAGAAAUUCCUUCAAUAUUGUCAGUUUUGUGAAGGUUUCAAGGCACCCAGGGCUCACCAUUGCAGGUAUUGUAAAAGAUGUGUUAUGAAGAUGGACCAUCACUGUCCGUGGAUCAACACUUGCUGUGGUCACUUCAACCACGCCCACUUUACAAACUUCCUCAUUUUUGCAGUACUUGGUUGUGGUCAUGGAGCUAUAGUGUGCAUGUAUACUCUCUAUAUACAAGUCUUUCAGAUGGUACUGUAUCCUCGUAGACGAUACACGAUGGAAUCUCUUCAAAAUUCACCUUAUCUUACAUUUGGUUUUGUACAUCUUAUAUGUGCCAUCUUAGCUGUUGGUUUUGCCCUUGGGGUUUGUGUAGCAGUUGGAGUAUUAUUCUUUAUUCAGAUGAAAUCUAUUCUUAAAAAUGAGACAGGCAUUGAGUCUUGGAUAAAAACAAAGGCAAACUCAAGACACAGGCGUUUUGGAAAAAACUUUGUCUAUCCAUAUCAUCUUGGCUGGAAGAAAAACUUGAUGGAAGUAUUUACAUUACGUGGUGUUCCAAAGGGAGAUGGGUUUACUUGGUCUGUCAUGGAGGGGUGUGAUCAAUAUACAUUAACACGAGAACAAUUGGCACAAAAGGCUGAGAAGAAGCAUCGUUUGGUGGAAUAUGAGGUCAUAGAUGACUACAGUGGUUAUAUCUGUACACUUUCUCAUGGUCUUUGUACCCUGGUAAGAGUACCUCUAUCAGAUGAGCCAAGAAUACCGGUAGAAAUUGGUGAUAUCGUCAUGGUUUCCAGAUGGAAAAAAUAUUGGUUAUAUGGUGACGUGGUGCUGGACGAUGAUGGAGACACCAAGAAACGUGUGCGGGGUUGGUUUCCUGCCAACUGUGCUCAAGAAUUCAAGAUUGAAGAAGAUAUGGAAGAGAGUACCAGUAAUAGCCCAUCAAAUAACAAGGUCAAGCCCAAGUCUAAGGAUGAUUGAGUACAUUUACUGUGGAGCGUUGUGGCCCAGUGGAUUAGUCUUCUGACUUUGAAACAGAGGGUCGUGGGUUCCAAUCCCAGCCAUGGCGUAAUUUCCUUCAGCAAGAAAUUUAUCCACAUUGUGCUGCACUCAACCCAGGUGAGGUGAAUGGGUAACCGGCAGGAUUAAUUCCUUGAAUGCAUGAGCGCUGAAAGGCAGCUCGAGCUAAAGCCGUGGUAAUAAUAAUAAUAACACGUGCCUCAGAAUAGAAUAUUUCUAGAUAGAUGGCGCUAUAUAAAUGCCUAUUAUGCCUAUUAUUAUUAUACAAAGUGGCAACCAUUUCCUUGGUGCUACAGCGCUACUCUAAAAGCUGAACUUGCAUCCCAAAGCUAAAUCAGACCGUUACUAGGUAGAUGAGAACUAACUUCUGAAGGUUUCCUUGGUGAAGAAUGAAUCAAUAUAGAGGAUUCAUGGUGCACCAUGUAUUCUUAUCGAAGACAAGGUGUAAAUGUGAAGCAGCUAUGCUGAUGGUUGAGAACUACUAAUUUGGGAAUCUCUGAGAUUUCCAAGUAGGUAUCUCAGAUCCCAAUGGACAAUUGUUACCCGGGGCUUCAGAUGAAUCUGUUAGCAUCUCUCAUGGCCAAGGAGACAUUGAUACAUUGUAUGCAGAACAAGUUCCAUGGAUUCAUCUUUGCCUUUUUAGUUCAUGUGAAAAUGGAUGAUGAUCGCAACUAACCACUGAUCAAGAAGUUAAUGAAUUAAUACCAAAUGGGGAGGGAAUGUACAAAAUGUACCUGUUUAAAGGUAAAUAAAAGAAGUUGCAGUGAACACUGAUUUCAUGAGAAAGUCUGUAAGACCAAGGGUUAUUGUCACUAUUUCGUUCUAGAUUUAGCUCUGUUACGGUUAUAUAAACUGAAUUUUUGGAAUAAUGAAAUUUAAGCUAAAUUUAAGCUAAAAACAAUCACAAUGAAGAUCGAUAACACAGAUAAGCACAUGUGAGGACAAUGCACUAUUAUUUUUUGGGGGGAAAAAGACAGAUGUUUGGCUCAAAUACCAUGCUAAUUUUGCUAAAUUCUCAGCAGUUACACAAUUUUUUCCAAAAAAGCCUUUGGCACAUAUUUUUCAUUCAUACAUACAAACACUUGGGUGGUCAAUUUAUGUGGUUCUGAAUUUAUUUUGAAAUCGUUACAACUGGCAUUUAUCUCUUAAUAUUUUAUAUUAUGAAAUUUCCCAGCAUCACAAGCAAUUUAUGCAAAGUUUAGCCAGCCAUGGCCGAAUUAUACUUGCCUCAGAUGAGAAAUUGUAUUAAAAAUGAUUCAUAAAGCCUCUCUUAAUAGUUCAUUCUAUUAAUAGGUGUACACAUUGUACUAUAUAUUUACUUUCUUUCAUUUUUUUCCAAGUUUUUUCUAUCCCGAUUUGUACUUGAAAGAAAAUGUUCUUCUCUUUUAAAUCCCCCUUAUUAAUGACUAUUUCUUAUCAGAAAAAUGUAAAGCCUUUAAUGACACCGCUUGAAAUGUCAUAAAAUGUCUUCCUAUUUUGUCAUAGUAAACAAGAUAUUUUUCUUUGUAGUUAUUUGUAAUAUGUAUUUAUGUAAUAUUUUUAUUCAUGUUUUAUUUCAUAUAGAAUCUCAGCAUCCUUAAUGCAAUCGUUUGUAAUGUGGGCCCUGUUUUACAAAGAGUUAUGAUUGAUCCAAUCAACGUCAGUUAUAUGGAAAUCCACCAGUGUCAUAAUAUUUUCCUCAGAAAAUUUCCACAAUGUACUUUGUGAACAAAGAGAAGCACACUGAAUUGUUAAGAAAGCGAAUGUAUGAAUAUACAUAUCUAGAGAAUAAUUUGAAUAAACAUGCAUUUUAGAAGUUGACAUUGCUGGCUUUCUAUAGUUGUGGUUGAUUGGAUCACUCGCAACUCGUUGUAAGAUGGGGCCCUAUUUUUGUAUUUGGAUCAGGGAGUUGCUGGCAACUGUUGCAUUGUGCAGCUUGUUUAUUUUUUGUGUAAAUUCUUGCAUUGAUGUGGUGCUGUGGGUCACAAGAUCAUUGUUUUAGAACGACCUAUGAGAGAUCAAUAAUAUUUCAAGUUUUUUAUGCCUGUUAAGUAAAAUCAAACAAUCACACAUCAAUCUUGACUUACUCCACAAUGCGACAGAUAGCAUCACAGAUAGCAUCAUACUGACUGCUGAGAGCACAGCUGUGCAUAGUGCUUCAUAUUCAUGUCACGUAAGGGUUUUUUUUUUUUUGGGGGGGGGUUACACAAGUGAAUUUUAGAAUGGCUCCCAUGCCCAAAGCUCAAUGUUGGCAAAUUUGAUAUCUUUAGUAAUUUCUGUAUUGUCUUUGCUCAAAUGAACUUUAUCUUUGUUGAAAUUUAUAUGUACAUUUUCAUUCUAGCUUCUUGUUAAAAUUUAUAUGUACAUUUUCAUUCUAGCUGAGAACAUAGUUAUUAUACAUUAAGUGCCAAUUCUCCAACUAUUGGAGAGUGUAUCGUUAAUGUUUGUCAUCUGGCAAAUUUCCUUGAUUUGAUUGGCUAAGAAGCACAGAUAUCUGACUGUUACCAUGGUAACUGCUGGAUAAAACAAAUGCUGUCUGAUAUUACAUCUAACCUAUAAGCGCUCACCAGAACUUUAUCUUCAAAUUAUAUGUAGAUAUACUUUUAUAAUUUAAUAGUUAUAAAAAUGAAAAUACAUGUAGAAUAUUUUUAUGUAAGAAGAUUUUAUCUUCUUUACUGUCAUUUGCAACUUUUCUAGGUCUUGAUAUGAAGAUACAGAUUCGUCUUUCACUUUUCAUUUUUGUUUGUGUUAGGUGUAGUAAAGUAAAAAAGUAGAAAUUAAUCCUACAAAUCCAUUGUAUUGUUGGUGUAUGGAGAUAUUAAUGAAAAUGAUUAAUGUAGUAGUUAAUUCUGUCCACCAGUAUUUGUCUUAAUUUAGUAUCAUCAACAUAUAAAUGUUGCCUGUGAGAACCCUUUAAUUCUAAUUUGACUGUUAAAGAACUUUUUAUGAUGUCGGUGUGCAAUUUCAUUCAUCAAACAGCGGAUAAGUUUUCUAUGUUUAUUUAGCAAAAGAUGAUCUUGUUUUUGCUGAUAGUAUUGGAAGUCCACUAUAUUUACCUGUGGUGUAACAGAAAAAUGUUGAAAAUAUUCCGUCUCCUAUUGACAUUUGUAUUCAAAACAUUCAGGUAGGGAGAAAAUGACGAGAUGUUUUUAGGGAAAAUGACAACUGCUAUCCAUCUUCUGUCUUUAUUUUUCAUAAAAAUCAUACUUUUGAAAUAUUUGGACUUUCUCUCAACUAUAAUGACUUUUUUGAUAAAUAUUUUAGAAAGGAAACUUGUUGCUUAUUCAGAUUUCUAAAGCUUAUCCCUUGCACUUUGAUUCAAGUUGACUUCACAUUCCUUUCCCAUGUUACUAUUGGAACAGUUUCAACAUUUAUUGAAAAGUCUAUAUACUGUUCUAAUUGUUAAAAGGAGAAAGGAGACAAGCUUCCUGUUCAUAAAGUACUCAGAUGUGAAGCAGAGUGAAAUUUGAUCAUAUUUUAUGUUUUCUGUGUUUUUAGUGCCUGGAUAUUCAUAAAUUCUCUAGGACCAAGUCUUCUAUAACUUUAUUUUGUAUAAAAGUCAGUGUAUUGUUCUUGAUAUACCUUUCAACAGGGCAUUGAAUGUGGAAUUUUGUAAGUUAGAAUUCUGCACAUCAAUCUUACUAUAGUCUCUCAAAUACAAUUGUAGCUGGCUGCUACUCCUAAAAGGAGAGAUGUUUAAGUUGUUAAGAUACUUUUUAAGCUCUCCAUGUGAGUAGAGCUCACUCACAAACAAAGUUAUGAAAAGAAAAUUAUUUUGGAAGUUCUCAAUUGAAUUUCAUUUUCAGCAGGGUUGCUUGAAGGUACCAGUAGUGGAUCCAGAGGGCACAUACCCUCCCCCAUCCCACCAGCCAAAACUAAAGGGCCUCGCUUGUCAAAUACUUUUUUUUUUGCUUCAGAAAACAUGCCCCCCACCUAGUAAAUCUUAGAUCGAUUACUGGCUGUAUUGAUUCUUAAUAAAUUGAUGCAUAUUAAUUGUUGGUUGCAUGGAAUGCUCUAUUGGAUUUACUUCAAAUGCUUCUUGAAAAGUGACUUGCAAAAACUAGCCCAAAUUUUUGAAGCAAUUCUCCUCUGUAGCCUCUUGCUUUUGUUCAAGUUUUACCUGCUGUUAUUAUGCGAUAUGUUUGAUUUCUGAAAUAUAUAUAUUUUUUAAUAUUAUGCCCUAAUCAGUAAAUACAUCAGUAAUUUUUUUAUUCUUGCAUAAUUCUUAGUAUAGGAAAAUUAAUUUGGUGAGAGGGAAAUGAAAAAUAGCUUAAUUGCAAAUAUUUAAUGUACAUACAUUUAUGUAUUUGCACUUGCUUAAUAAAUGCAAUUUUUUAAUGAAA